GAAAAAAAGAUGAUGGAAGACUGGGAAUCCUGGUGCAACAGAAAACAGCGAUUCUUGUUCGUCGUAAUGUACGUAGUACCAAUCUUAAUCUUCAUCAAGAAAUAAACACGCUGUCACUAAACAAGGACGAAUCAUUGGCAAAAGAUAUCAACUUAGAUGGUAUCGACGAUGGCGACAGUGAUAAUAACUUCAUAGAACGUGGAGAAGAAAAUCAACUAACAACUCGUCGAUCGUGGGUUCUCAAAAGUGGUACCAACGUUGGAGACGAAUUAGCAAAAUAUGUUAAGACAAUUCCUGAGGCUCAUAAAUGUUUGAACCUCGCGUACUGGAACAUUCUCGAUUUAACAGAAGACACCCAAAUAAAACCUUUUUUUUCAACGGAUGAUUGGGAAGAAAUAAAUGAAAGCUUUAAAAAGGAAGUAAAAUUAGUUGAAUCGGACAUACCAAAUGUUGUUGAAUAUUUUUUCGAUGAAGUGGAAAAGAUGAUAGAAAAAAAUAGAAAAGUCAAAUUCAGUGAUGAGGAUAAGGAGAUCUUUAAUGAAUUAAGACGUGCCGUUAUUACCUAUGCCGAAAAUUUGAAGGAUCUUGAAGUUCCCAUAUCAGAAGCCGACUUUGACAAUUCAUUUCCAAAUAUGUUAACAAAAAGAUUUUUAAACAAACGUGAUCUCAAAAUGGACGUCGGGGAAAUUGCUUGUUGGGCUUCUGCCCGUCGAAGAAACGAGGGACGCUCAAUAGUCCUCCGAGCACGCAUAGGCCAAAAGUGCGAUUUUCGGGAAGUGGUGGUCUCCCUGUUGCACAUCGCAAAAAAAAUUCACGAGGAUAGAGUGGAUCUUUCCGUAGCAAUGCGCGAUGUUCUGUAUAAUUUUUUUAAAACAAAUCCCAAUGCAUCUGGAAAUGAGCUUCAUAGUACAUAUGUUCUUGGAAUUCAAACGUGGGGGUGGAUCCACGAAACUUAUGGCAUGGACUGUAAGGCUACAAAUGUUUUACGCUUAGGAAGGCUUUCUCAGAAAAAGAUGCCCAAUACUUUAAAAACGCUUGCAAUUCUUGAAGGCUUUUAUACUACUAUGUCGGACAUCGAGUCUACGUUGAAAAUAAUUUGUGAUCACACAAAUGGUGCCUCACUUUCUGGCUCACGUUUACAUAGAGAACGCAAAAGAAAAAUUCCAGUUUACAGCGAGCAAUCCGGAUUGUUCGGUACACCUUCAUCAAGUCCGAUAAAGAAAGGUAAAUGUGAAAAAUGUGAAAAUUCUUGA